AUGCGUUUUGUUUCUGUGUUUUUGUCUUCUGAAUUUUGUCUGUUGUCUUUGAUCUUUUUUCUUUUGUCUUGUCUUUUGUUUUUUGUCUUUUGUCCUGUGUCCUGUGUCCUGUGUCCUGUGUCCUGUGUCCUGUGUCCUGUGUCCUGUGUCCUGUGUCCUGUGUCCUGUGUCCUGUGUCCUGUGUCCUGUGUCCUGUGUCCUGUGUCCUGUGUCCUGUGUCCUGUGUCCUGUGUCCUGUGUCCUGUGUCCUGUGUCCUGUGUCCUGUGUCCUGUGUCCUGUGCCCUGUGUCCUGUGUCCUGUGUCCUGUGUCCUGUGUCCUGUGUCCUGUGUCCUGUGUCCUGUGUCCUGUGUCCUGUGUCCUGUGUCCUGUGUCCUGUGUCCUGUGUCCUGUGUCCUGUGUCCUGUGUCCUGUGUCCUGUGUCCUGUGCCCUGUGUCCUGUGUCCUGUGUCCUGUGUCCUGUGUCCUGUGUCCUGUGUCCUGUGUCCUGUGUCCUGUGUCCUGUGUCCUGUGUCCCGUCAUUACCUAA